AUGCAUGCAUGCCAUUUCAGGAAAAACAAUCGACUCGCCCAACGAUUGAAAGCUUCAACUUCCCAACCAGUGAAUACAGGCUCUGUACUAGACCAUAUUUUUGCUCAACUUCCUCCAGCUAGCCUUGACAUCCCAUAUGAGGAUGAAUCCGAAAAAGUGCUUCAGCUACACUGCAACUUCUUUGGAAGUCAUCAAAGAGACUCAUCAACUCCAGGCAGACAGCCGGUGGACACAGGAAGAGAGCCGGCGGGCGUAAACCGUCAAGAUAGACCUUAUGUCACUAUGAGCCAGGUCGAUCGGAUGAUGCAAAUAUUUCAUACGCAAAAAGAAUAUUUCCCCUUCGUCAUAAUUGCUGAAAAUACGACUGCGGAGACACUGCGUCAAAAAUGGCCAUUCUUACUGCUGUCUGUUUUGGUGGUAGCCUCUGCAGCCGAUCCGGUGCUUCAAAAGCUCCUGGAUGAGCAAUUCCGCAAGGUACUGGCAACACGAGUUGUCAUGCAGGGCGAGAAGUCCUUGGACUACGUACAGGGUCUUCUUGUCUAUCUUGCAUGGCACCCGAUUAAUCUGAGACCAAUCAACAAUCAGAUGUGGCAGUAUAUGCAACUGGCAAUUGCGAUGGUAUCAGAUUUGAAUCUUGAGAGUACAAUCGAAUCGACGUUGGAUCCCCCUGAAGAUCAAAUGAUCGCCAGAAAUAUUAUUCUAGGCUGCUAUUUUUUGUCUUCAAGAUAUAGCAGAUUACUCUGGCAUGACAGAGUGUCCUUUACAGAACAUCACACAGGGCUAUUUGCAAGAGUUGAAACAAAUAGAAGGCAGCCUGCCAACCCACGUCAAUACAAAUAUUUAUCAUUAACAAAACCAAAGUUAAGAUACAGCUCAUGCGGAAGUUCGCCAGAGUUAGGUUAUACGCUCUUGCCUUGGGAAAGGCAAAACCACCAUUGCACAGUCAACGAACAAUCUCAAGCCAACAUCCUCUACGCCAAAUCAACUCACUUAGCUAUUUACAAAAAUUUUCAUCGUGUUUCACCGAAAUCAGUGGUUUGA